AUGGAGGGUGUUUUGUUGCAUGCAUCAGCUGAAAAACCUGUUUCUCUCUACAAAUCCUAUAUGAGAAACCCCAACAAAAUCAAUCGUCCAUUAAUUUCUAGACCUUGUGAUCAGAACUUUUUGCCGUCAAAUCUGUACGCCGCCUGCGGUCUUUUACAUGCUCCGCCACCGUUUCUGUAUCACUCCCUCCCUUCAUUUUCACUCAAACCGCCUCCUCAGCCACCCCUUCUUCCUCUUCCCACAACUAAUCCCCACCGCCCCACCACCACCCUCUCGCGUGGCCUCUCGUGCCCUCUGGUUAAUCGAAGGCCAAAGAGCUAUCCCAAGAAAUCAUCAAAAUCCACCACCACAAAUCCCAAGAAAGAAGAGAAAAACUCGGGAAAAAUAGCCUCAGGAUUUGUUACUGUAUCACCAAAUAGUGCUUUAGGGCCAGACCCUAAAGAUCUGCCAAAAAAUAUUACAAAAGGUUCAUCUUCUCUGUCAUCAUCUAAUACCAAUAGAAUUAGUACUAACAGCGUUGGGAGUCUUAAAGGUGUUGAAACUGAACAGAUUGACAAGUUUUCUGGUUCUGUGGUUUUUACAAUCUCUCCACCACCAAGCAGUUUGCCUUUGCCCACUUUUUCAUUGAGGCCGAAGCUCAACUGCAAUGCCCAGGCUGCCGGGAUCGAUACCGGUGCAACUGACAUAGAGGCCGCUGAAGAAUCUGAGGGGUGA